AUAUAUAUUUCUUCUACCGCUUAACGACCACUAUGUCUGACGCACAACUUCCCGACAACGUCGAACUCUUGCGUACACGUGUUUUUAUUGAGCGCGAUCGUGUGUUCAGUGCUAGUGGCAAUGAUUACCCUCAUCAGUAUCCUGGAAUCAGCAACGCAUGGGAUCUCGAGUCCUUCAAAAAGAACUUCAGCAUCAAGAUCAAUCGUUUGUCAGACCACAGUAUCGAAUUUGACCUCAAGGGUGUUGACGCUUCUAUCGCCAAUGCUUUCCGCAGAAUUUUGAUUGCAGAAGUUCCUACAAUGGCUAUUGAAAAGGUUUAUGUCAUGAACAACACAUCCAUUAUUCAAGAUGAAGUAUUGGCACAUCGUUUGGGUCUGGUACCCAUUCUCGCUGACCCAUCAGCAUUCGAAUUUAAGGCCGAGGAGGAUGGACCCACCGACUUGAACACAAUCGUAUUCAAACUCAAGGUUAAAUGCGAACGUAACCCUAAUGCCGCAGCUGGUGAAACUGACCCAUUGAAGCUGUACAAAAACUCAAACGUAUACUCAAAGGACUUGGUAUGGGAACCCAAGGGUGACCAAGAAGAGAAGUUCGGCGAUCAGCCCAUUCGUCCUGUACAUGAUGACAUUUUGCUUGCAAAGCUUCGACCUGGACAAGAAAUUGAUAUGGAAUUGCACUGUCACAAGGGCCAGGGCAAGACUCACGCAAAAUGGUCACCCGUUGCCACAGCAUCUUACCGCCUUUUGCCAGAAAUCACAAUCUUGGAACCCAUUACAGGUGAUGACGCGUACAAGUUCCAAAAGUGCUUUGCUCCGGGUGUUGUAGAUGUUGUGAAGAAGAACGGUCAGAUGGUUGCCAAGGUUGUAAACCCUCGCAAGGAUACAGUGAGCAGAGAAGUUCUUCGACACAAGGAGUUUGAAAAUAAAGUACGAUUGACAAGAGUCCGAGACCACUUUAUCUUCAAUAUCGAAACCUCGGGUAUUAUUCCUGCUCAAGAUCUAUUUGGUAUGGCCAUCAAUGUGCUUAUUGAGAAGAUCAAGACCAUCCAGCCUGCGCUUGCCAGUGCUACAUCUGCCGCAUAA